GUCACCUCUCGAGUGCAAAGGGUUAAUUAUUAAAGUAACCGAAUCAUAUUACGAGAAAAGGUACAGCAAACAGUAAAUAAGAUUCGGCUGGUAAUGGUAAUGUCAGCAUGACUCGAGGAAUGCCGAAUUAAUGCAAAAUUAAUAUCGUUGAAAAUCAUUUGCGAAUAAUACUGCUCGAGUAAAAAAUUAAUUACUCAAUGGAAAGUAAGUGUAUCGAUUGAAAAGUGAACCGAUUCUCCCCUUUACGUUACAGAUUGAAUUCGAAUGAAAAAAAUAGAGUUAAUAUCGUGAACCUACUCGAACAGUUGACCAAGUGGGAGAAACCUUCCCCUUACCAGAUUUUCGCGCCAAUAGGAUUCGUUCAACAGACUGCCCAUACGUCUAUAAAGAAUGAAUUUGCCGAUACAUUUCCGUAUCAUAAUACUGUAAACAGCAUUAUUUUAGGGAAGUCGAGACCAGCUUCUUUCCCAUUGGAAGUAUAGUCCGGUCGCAUGGUUAUCAAUGAUUUUCCUAUGCAUGUAAAAUUUCCUGGGAGAACAUCAAAGUAUCGUGGACUAUACGUCGUGACGAUGGAUUUCGAUUCACGGCGAACGUAAAUUUACGAGACCGUAAGUGUCGGUUCAAUUAAUACGCUUAUUGAUUGCUGUCGGUGACAAUAUUAGAAAGAACGUACGAACGUUCCAUCGGAUAAUUUGCUGAAGUGUCCAAACGUUAUGCAGCUGUCCGAGGCAUAAUAUAAGCAGAAAUGUUGGUUUGCCAAAGAACCGAUAACCUAACAACUCUUUCAUAAACAGGGAACAAUUUUCAGCAACGUUUCGCGGAUUGAUAUCAGAAAUAUUAACGUGUAACCGUUCACUCGAAGUGCUUCUCGUAACCGUAGUGAAUUAAAGUGGUGUUAACGUUUCUCUCUUUUUGUGCCGUGAAAAUGGCCCACGCAACGUUACCGAAGCUUGUCUCGAAACCAAUAAAUACAUCUAACAUGUGUCCCACGGAUUUUGUUGCGACAACCCCCUUAUCCGACAUAUUGAACUCGGAGCCAGUUAAAAGACUACUUAAUCAACCAAAUAUCAUUAUUAAAGCAAUUCCAUUGAAUGUACAUGCAACUCCUGUUUCGCACAAUAAUGUUUCUAAUAAAAUGAAUAAUAUUCGUUCAGACAUAAAAGAAUCAAAGCAAUCCAAAUUAAACACAUUUCCAUCUCAAGUUAUUAAAGCAGAACAGAAGGAAGAUGAAAAUCUGUUACCUUCUAAGAAAAAUGGAAAAUCAGAAAUUACAUUAGUGCCUAUUAAGAGGGAAAAAAAAUCUUGUGGACACUAUGAGCCAUGCGAGAACAUUGUAUGCGAUGUUACUGUACAACAGUACGUAGAUCGGGAUGGAGCAUCACCUAUGUUAGCAACUAAUAUAGACGAAGAGGAAAUAAAUGCACCUGUUUCAAAGCACUGUAAAAAUGAGAAAUGUGAUGCAUUGAGCAUCGAUCAUGACCGUUGCCGUAGAGCUACAGUGAGAUUAUAUAGAUGCAAUCGAUCAAAAGCUUGUGACAUUUGUGGUAUCGAGCUACAGACACGAAGAUGUCGAGUACAUCAUAAAAAUUGCACUAGGACAAACGAAUAUAGACAUAAUGAAACUGAUGGUGCACAAAUAUUGAAAGUACGAAUGCGAGAAAGAGAGAUUCAAAUGAUGGAAGCUUUUAAGUUGAGUAGAAAAGAUUAUAUGGAUCCUGUUACAGCAAUGGAGACCUUAAAAAAGAAUGAAGAAUUAAUUAUUAUACCAAAAUCAACUCCAAUGCAACAAUCAAUGAUUAAUGUCACAUCUGUAUCUGCUACUCAACCUACUCCACAAGUUAACAGUGUAAAUGAUCUUUUUGGAAAACUUCUAUCUAAUAUACCAAUUGUGUUACCACAGCAAAAUCUAGUUUUUGGUAAAUCACAAUGUUCUAAUGAAAAUGGUGUAACUAAUCCAGUACAAGUUACCUUGUCUGAUACUUUGAACACAUCAUUCAUAGCAUCGAACCAUCCUGUUUCUUUAACUCAGAAUCAAUAUGUUACAUUUGCAACACAACAUAAUUCUCAACCACUAACGUUAAAUGAUAUACUGUUCACACAAUCACAUGUUAUGAGUACACCUAUUCAAUCCAAGCCAUUGCUAACACCUAUUCAAUCUAAGCCAUUGAUAACACCUAUACGCAUUGUGCCUAUCACUAAUUUACUAACGCAACCGUCGUUAUUGCACCAAACACAGGGUAUACCAAGAUAUUGUAUUGUGGCAGAUCCUCCUAUACCAGUACCAUUGACCUUAGCAAAUCCACAACCUAUGCAACAAUCAACAAUAUCAUUGGCUGUAACAAAUUCACAACCUACUCAACAAACCACGGUUCCAUUGACUAUAACAAAUUCAGUGCCUCUUCAACAGCCAAUGGUGUCAUUAACUGGAACAAAUCCACAACCUACUCAACAGCCAAUAGUACCAUUGACUAUAGCAAAAACAAUACCUGCUGAUCAAAGACCAAUAUGUGUGCCAAAAAAUGAUAUUCGAAAUGAUUCUAAGGAAAGCCACCCAAGGAGAAGGAAAACAUUUACAAGAAAGAAACGUAGAUUAAGGAAGAAAGAAUUCAAAUGUGAUUAUUGCUUUAAAUGUUUUAGUACAGAAUGGUACUUCAAAAUGCAUGUUGCCAAGCAUACAGGAGGAUCGCGAUAUCCUUGUAAAAUAUGUAAAGAAUCAUUUAAUAACAGUUACCAUUUAAAGACCCACAUGUUACUAAACCAUGAAGAGGAAAGUCCUCAGGAUCAUUCAGAUGUAUAUAAAAAGCCAAAACAAGAACAGUCUUUUCAGUGCAUAGAUUGUCCUAUAGAAUGUACAUCCAUGAAAGACUUAAAACAUCAUAGGCUAAUAAGUCAUGGUAGAGUAGCAUGUACAUUGUGCAAUGCUGAAGUACUGCAAGAUGAAUUAGCUAAGCAUUUUGCAACUGUACACAACCGAACUGACAAAAUUGCAAAUAGAAGUGAGGAAACAAUUGAAAAUGGUGAUAUUUCUAAUGAGACUCUCAAAGCAAUGAUAGUUUCAGACAUUAUAAAAAUUGGUACAAAUAAUAUUAACUCGCAAAAAGGACUGCAGUAUGAAAAUGAUGAAACAAUGAAUAGAGAUGUUUCUGAUAUCGAUGAGAUUACCAUUGAAAAUAUUAAAGUAGAAUUGGAUGAUGAAAUACAAGACAUUCCAAUAUAACUAUUUGUUAGAAACCUUGAGCAAGUGGCUGUUGGCAAAAUAUGCAUAAGUACUACAAUUGUUGAAGUGUUACUUUUUCUGUAGCAAGUUUUGUGUUGAUCUGUUCACACUGAUUAGAGGUGUUAAUAUUUUCCUAAAUUUUUCUUUUAGAAAUAUUUCAUUAAAAAGAUUGUUAUAUGAUAAUUUAAAUUAUAUAGCACAUCCCGCACAGAAAUAUAUCUUAUAAUAUAUUAAUUUUAACUUUGUUUAAAAAUAUUUUAUAAAGAGAAUUAUGAAUAUUAUAAAAUCGUCAUUCAGAUUUAAACGAAAAUAUUAUAUUUUUUAAUGAAGUAACACGCUCUAAAAAGUUUUGAACGUCAAACGAGAAAGUCGAAUUAAGAGUAAGUAAAAAUUUGUUAACUGUGAUAUGUGACCAUCUUUCCACUGUAACAGAUUAUUCAUUUUACAUGAACAUUUAAUAUUGAAAUUUAAUUAUUGCGACUGUGCAUGCGACGUAGAAAUAUAUUCAUACAUAUCCCAAAACGCACAGCCGAGUAAUUUCAGUGAAAAAUAAUGCAUGCAGUAUAAAGCCAGAAACUUUUUUCUUACUUCUCUAUAAAAGUAUUUUCUAUGGAAAGAGAGUUAAACGCCAUUUUUGUGCAUAAGUGCAUACGAGCUGUAUUGUGUUCCUUUUAUAUUUAGUUGAAUAGUUAUUUAGUUGAUAGUAUUCAUUCAUUCUUUGACUUGUUCAUUCAUUCAUUCAUGUGUAUAGAUUUAAGUUUAAAAAUGCUUUAAGUAUUUUCAAGAUCGCAUACUUUGUCAACACAGAAGAUGUGCAAAUGUGUUGAAAAGAACUUUAUUACAAUGUCACCUUAAUUAUCAAGAAGAAACCCUUUAGUAAAAAUAUUUAAAAAUGAACUUUCAGUUGUGUGUUUACAAAAAGUAUUGCUCUUUACUUUACAUUUUUGAAGAUGUAUUGCUACAUGUAGAACACCAUGAUAUAGAUUACUUACAAGCAGCAUCUACUUUUAGAAAUUUUUAAUUUUGUGCAAUAAUAUUAAACACACAAUACUUUCAUAUUGCAAAGAUAUAUGAAAACUGCUACUGGAUAUGCCAGAUUUUUAGGCUGUACUAUUGUUAUACAAUAUAAACAUUUGUCGUAUAUAUUGUUAUAGAGUGUGCUUUAAAUUUCUAAAUUAAUACCAAAAUUUUACUGAAAGUUGUCCAGAGAGAGUAAACACUUUAAAAGAAAAGAAUAAUUCUCUUAUUCUCGAGAUAUAUGUUCCUUGAUAAGAGAAAUAAGUAAAAUAUCACGUGCCUUCUAAAUUUUAAUGUUCCUUGUAUGAGAAUGACGUUUAUUCCGUUAGCCCUUUUACCGGUUAUCAAUCGACAAUAACAUUAUGCAAUUUUUAUUUAUGAAGCUAAAUAGACAUAUUACAGUAAUUACGUAUUACUAGUAAUUUCAUAGUCUAAAAAGUUGAAUAUCAUUAUUUAUAAAGGAACGGCAUGAAUGUUUCUCGAAUUAUGGAUAUCUAAAUGGAUUAUUUUUUCAAUGAAUGUAACCACAAAAAUGUUAAACAAAAUAUAAUGCAUCCCAAAUAUAAUUUGUGAAAAAGAUUGUUCAUCUAUGUAUUUAUAUAAAUGGUUUUUGUAAUAAACGAAUAUUUAAUA